GAAACGCACUAAUUCAUCACUUGCAGCCAAAGAGUAGGUAUAUUUAACACUACAGCAUCAAUUACGAAAUCAUUCCGUAUGGACAUUUUGCCUCAUAAUGACGUACACACACAUUAUUAGUGUUUUAUUACUUGUAGCUAGUUCUGCUAUAACAGCGGAGUUAACAUGCGGUAGAAACGAAGUAAUAGACGACUGUCCAGCAGACUGCCCCUACGACUAUUGUCCCAAAGAUGAAUACCAGGACAAAUUGCCGUGCCCAAAGCUAGAGGUCUGUCCGCCAGCGAAGUGCAAGUGCGCCUUUAAUUACAGAAUUCAUGAGAAUGGCACUUGCAUCCCUACAACUGAGUGUCCUCCUUUCGAAUGUUCCCGUCCAAACGAAGAAUACCAGUCAUGUCCUCCGUACUGUCCAUCGGAUGAUUGCAGCCAGGCAUCUGCUUCGGGCAUGUGUCCUUACGGGUUGAUACUCGUCAACAGCUGUAGUCCACAGUGCAGGUGUAUUGAACAUUACUGGAGGAAGGAUGGAGUUUGUGUUCCGUAUGAGGAAUGCCCAAAUGUAGCUGAACAUAUUAACUGAAGCCAAAACGUUAAAUGAUUCUUAGAUAUCAUCCAGAUGAUCCAGUAUAAACGUAUAACAUAUAGUGAAUGAAAUAAAAACUAACAAAAAAAAUUUA